GCCCUGGCUGGGAGGUCACCAGGCUGUCCAGGGUACGGCUCCUGGCACAGGGUUGGGACAACGGGACGAGCACGUGGGGGCCCCAGGAUGGGGACCUGUGCCUGUAGGUCACCUCGGCUCACCUGGCUAGUGAGGUGUCCCCCUCCUGUCCUGCACCCCACUUCAAACACAGCCCCUAAGGUGGGUUUUGGGGAGCACAGCAUGGGACAAGGGGUGUGGACAGCCGCAUAGGAGCCCAGAACAGCGCAGUGAGCUCGUCUUGGCUUGGAACAGCUUGGCACAGCUCAGCUCGGCUCAGCUUCGCUCCCGCAGCUCGGAGGGAGGAUUAUUAUUAUUUUGAAAGGGAGGGUGAGGACAGGGGGCUGACACUGACUAUAAAGGCAGAGCUCCCUGGAGCAGCCAGCACUUCCCCGCCACCAUGAGCACUCCCCGGGCCUGACAGCCCCAGCCUGCCCCGCUGUCGCCGUCUCAAGCUGCCCUGAAGUGUGGCUGUGUGUCCGAAGCUCGUGUUGGGAUGGUGUGAGCCCGGAGCCGCUCGUCGCCCUCCCAGCACCCCUCACCAGCUCUGGCAGGAGCAGAGCCCGCCAGCCGCUUGGAUGAUUUGAUUUCUUCCCUGUCCGACAUCACUCCUGCCCAGAUGCAGUGGAUAAUAUUCAUGUUGCUGUUAUUCAUCAGCUCCAUGGAAAUGCUCACGCAGAACCGGUGGAAGAAGCAAGCGAGUGCUGGCCUGCUGGAAAACUGCACGGGCUGCGUCCUGUGCUCUGAGGACAACGGCUGCAUCACCUGCCACCACCGGCUCUUCCUGCUUAUCUGGAGGGACGGCAUCCGCCAGUACGGGAUGUGCGUCCACACUUGUCCCCCAGGCUACUUUGGUGUGCGGGGUCUGGAGGUCAACAGAUGCACAAAGUGCAGGUCGCCCAGCUGCGAGAGCUGCUUCAGCAGAGACUUCUGCAUGAAGUGCAAGGACAAGUUUUACUUGUACAAGGGCCAGUGCUUUCGGCAGUGUCCCCCCGGCACUGCGGCACAGCCCGGCACCCGCGAGUGCCAAGAGACGUGCGAGCCGGGCCCGUGGAGCGAGUGGAGCGCCUGUACCCACGAGAGUCGGACCUGCGGCUGCAAGUGGGGUGUGGAGACGCGGGUGCGGGAGGUGCCGGAGGCUGCCCGAGAGGAGGGGACUGCCUGCCCCGCGCUGCUGGAGACCAGGAGGUGCCGCAUGAAGAAGCACUGCCCGGGAGAGAAAACCGAACCCAAAAAUAAAGGCAAAAAGCGACAGAAGAAGCCGAAGACAGAAAGGCACACGGGCACCUAGCGGGCACCAGCAUGGGAGCUGGGGCACCAUGGCAGGAAUGGCAAAAGUUCCCAGCCAACUCCUGCCACGAUGCUCCAGCCACAUCACCCCUGGUUUUCCAUAAAAAAAAAAAAAAAAAAAAAAAAAAAAAAAAAAAAAAAAAAAAAAAAAAAAAAAAUUGCACAAUUUUCUCUGCCCCCCCCAUCCCCCUUUCCUUUUGAGACAAUUUAUGGCCUGUAAAACAUUUCCUUUUCAGAAAAUCUAAUUUGCAAUGUCCAAAGCAAAGCCCUAGGGCUUGGGGAGGGGGUGGCUCCUUUAUUCCUCUGGUCUUCCCUCUCCCCUAGCCUGCUCCAUCCCUUCCUCCAGACGGGUGGGAUGGGGUUAGACUGGGGUUGGACCCUGCUAAUGAAGCUGAUGCCUGCCUGAAUAGUGUUCCCCAGGGCUGGGAGGUGCCCUGGCUCCACAGGGUCCUGGUUUUAUGGGAGUGCUGAGGGGCACAGUGCACCACUGAGCUGCUCCAGGUGCUGGAUAGUGUCCCCCAUCCUCAGCCACAGGCACAGGAAGCAGCAGGACUCCCGGGGUGACCCCACUGGGGACCGUGCCAUUGCCCACAGCAGGCUAGCCGGGUGCUCAGCAUCCCCAAUAGCACAGCCAAGGGCCAAAUCCUGCUCUCCUGGGGCUCGGAGGGCAGCUGGACCUCCAGGCUGAUAACCCUUCUUGGGAUCAUGCCAGCCCAGCACACAGCACCCUCAUGGGCCACAUCGUGUCUUCCUCAGGCUCACAGAGAGGCUCACAGAGCUUCUCUCCCAGCUGGAUGUGGGCUUUGGAAUUUGGGGUGACUGUCUGUCUAGGACAGGGACAUGCACAAUGCAAAUGCAAACCCAGGCAGGGGAUGCUGCUGCAUCCUGCGUCCCCAAACUGGGAUGUGUUGGAAGCAGCUCUGCAACCCCUCCCAGCCAUCACCAGGGCGUGACCGUGGGGUGCUGAGCCCAGGCGUGCCAGUCUAUCCCUCCCUGCCGCGCUGCGUGCCCCAGGAGCAGAGGGUUCCAUCGGGAUAUAUACCACGUGUGUGCUUAAAUCGCUGUCCAGCCGCAGGCAGCUCUGCGUUUGGGGAUUGCCGAGGUGUGAACUCCCCGUCCCCGCCCUGAGCGUGAGCAGGGGGAGGCCGGGGCUGGCCGCGGGGUGUCGAGGCCGCGGGGGCUGCACAGACCCUUCAGGACGGGAGCGCUGGGUGUCAGCACCGAGCCAGCCCCAGAGCUGGCACAAAGCUGCCGGAGCAUCUCCUCCGAUCGCUUCAUGACAAAUAAAUGGAUUAAACCCCCGG